AUGUCCAGAACGGCAAAUGUGCCCGUGGGGUCAGGUAGCAACAACCAGCACUGCGAGAACGCGCUCUCGCGUGUUCAGUGGCGGACUCGGAACGGCAGCAGGGCAACCCGUGUGCCCGCGUUUAUACUGGGACUUGCUCGGGUACUGAGCACGGACCCUGCGCCACGCACGGUUGACUGGGCGGCGGACGGGCAGCGUAUUCUCGUUCUUGAUCGCGACCGCUUCACGGAGCGGUACGUCCGCCCUGGCGGCGCACUUCGUGUGAGCUCCUGGGCAAGUUUCCUGCGCGUCAUGACAUACUUCGAGUUCGCUCGCCUGCUCGAUACAGAGGAACACGACAUCAUAUGCUUCAAACAUGCAACAAUCACUCGCACUUUUAUGGAACAGCUCGCAGCAUCGAGCACCGAUCGGCCUAGCUGUGAUAAUAUGCCGAAAAGCCGAUGUUCCAGAGAGGCACGGAGCUCGUCCAUUCGAGCUGCCCCUUCUACGUUGAUCGUGCAGGAGCCAAUUGAGGCGCUGAAUGCUAACGUCAUCCCCGCUGCUGCGGACUCGAAUGUGCUACACGCUUCUCGGUUGUCAGGAGCCUUGUCGAUCGAACGAAAGCGUGUCCGGAGGUCUACUUCACCGCGGCCGCUGGAAACAUACGACACAGUGAAUGAGCACGUGAACGCCCCGGUCAUACAUGUAGAUCCUAAUGAUUAUCCCAGAGCACUGAAUCCUUUGACUGAGCCAAAUCAUUGGGAGUUGCGGAACGACGGCGGCGAGGACGAUUGCUGGUCGCUGAGAACCACGGACGCUGACAUUCCACCCGUGUUAGCGACCAUGAGCGACAGAAACGGGAGGUUGCUCGACUGCGGAACGCAGACUACGAGCAGAUGCUAUUCGAACGUUGGUAGCUUUGGGGAAGCGUUGAGGCUUCGGGCAUGGACGACAUCGAGCCCUCCUCAUGAGCAUCCAUCGUCGGACGACAUGAGUAUCUACAAAGCGCACCUGAUACAAGUGGAGAGCUGCCUCGCAAGCAUCCGCUCUGAAUUGCAUAACAUUGUCCAUGCAGUCGAGUGGCUGAGAGAGCAUCACGCGAAUAUAUGUUCCUUUAUGCAUGCGCCUGGACAAUCGUCUUCCAAAUCGGCUUGA